UUGAACGUGUUGCGGAAAUGCUGCCGAGACGGCGCUAUGAUUUCACUUUCAUUUAUCAGUGUGGAAAAUCCAGCACCUGCGAUCUUAUGAUAUCGUGAGAGAUGAUAGGGUCAUGAUGUAGAUGUCUAUCAUUUUAUACUUUUCAUUAUAUUAAGGCUGUUACACAAAAAUAUAUACAGGUGAAAAUUAAAUUCUAUUUACUUACACUGAAAGAUAAAUAUACAUCGAUAUCAUGAGAUGAGUAUCUAAUAGUGUUUGCGACAAAUCAAAAUUACUUAGAAAUAGGAAAGACAACAUUAUUUUGUAUUUGCAUUGUGAUUAAAAUAGGUUUUAAUUGGUAAGUAUCGUUUAUGUACAACCUUAUUUUAAGAUAACGAUAACAUGAGACAGCUGUGUAUUAUGCAUAGUUGUGGUGGUAACGGCGGUGGGGCUUAUUAUUUUGGUUCGAAGAGAAAGUUCGCGAUGUGGUGGCCGAAGACCCCAGCUCGCAGAGGAUUCCGCGCGGCCGCGGCCGACAGCGCCAGUCGGCCAGCGAUUUGUUUGCGAAAUAUCCAAAUAAUGCCAUUGAAUCAUUGCUGCCGAAUUCGACAGUAAGCGCGCGCGCGGAGAUGCCGCGCAAAUAAAUACGCGCCGACUCAAAAUAUCGCGACACCCGAACAACGACAAUGUGCCCAUGGAGAUCAGUGGCUAUAUUUUGUGUGCUCCUUAUAUUAGCUCUUUCAGAGGCUAGGAAAAUAAAUCCACAGGACGCUAUACUUGAUAACCAUGUAUCCACUGGGAACAGAUCAUCACGAUUUCUUUUCGACUCUUUCUUCGGCUUGGAGGUACCUCUCUUAGAGGAGCAGAGCGUGGAAGAUGACGAAGAAGACCUUCAGGUCAGGAACUGCUCGUGUGAGUGCGGAAAAGCGAAUCCACUUCCUAGAAAGAUAGAAUGCAGUGGGCCGAACCAGGAGAAUCGUAUAGUAGGCGGCGUAGCAGCAGGUCUCAACCGGUACCCGUGGAUGGCACGGCUGGUUUAUGAUGGUCAGUUCCACUGUGGGGCAUCAUUAUUGACGAAGGAGUAUGUUUUGACAGCGGCUCAUUGUGUUAGGAAACUUAAACGAUCCAAAAUUCGAGUGAUUCUGGGUGACCACGACCAAACGAUAACGACGGAAAGCGCUGCUAUCAUGAGAGCAGUCACUGCCAUCGUCCGACACCGCAGCUUCGAUGCUGAGUCCUACAACAACGACAUUGCUUUGUUAAAACUUCGGAAACCCGUCACCUUCUCGAAAAUCAUCAAACCAGUGUGUCUUCCACCAGCGAGCGUAGAUCCAUCAGGGAAGGAAGGCAUUGUAGUUGGCUGGGGACGUACGUCUGAAGGUGGUCAGUUACCUGCCAUCGUGCAGGAGGUGCGUGUUCCGAUCCUAUCGCUUACGCAGUGUCGUGGCAUGAAGUAUCGAGCCUCACGCAUUACUAACAACAUGCUUUGCGCGGGUCGAGCUUCAACGGAUUCCUGUCAAGGUGAUAGUGGCGGGCCGUUGUUGUUACAACAAGGAGAUAAAUUUCAGAUUGUGGGUAUUGUUUCAUGGGGUGUGGGGUGUGGUAGACCUGGCUAUCCCGGCGUGUACACUCGAAUAACUCGCUACCUCCCCUGGUUGAGAGCGAAUUUACGAGACACGUGUCUCUGUGGUACAUAAUAUAUUUGUAUUUGUUUAUUUAUUGGCAUAGAUAAACUAUAAUAUUAUAUAUGUAUUAUAUAACGUGAUUUAAGUAUCAUUAUUUAAUAUUUAUGAAUACUAUACAAAUCCUCUAAUAGUCAUAAGUAUAUUUUAGUGUGCUAUGUCAUAUAUAAUGGCAAUUUUAUUUAACUAAAAUUUUGAAUAUUUUUCCAUUAUUUAAUUUAUUUUGUCCAUUACUAUGAUUAAGAAACAUUUUGUAAAAGUCACAAAGUCUAGUUUAAGUUUUUUUGUUAAUUUUUUCAAGAUGUUACUAGUAAGUAAGCUGUUAAUUAUUUAACUUUUAACAAUAGCUGGUUAUAAAAUUAAGAAACAUAAAAUGGUAAUACCUAGUACUAUUAUUUAAAACUCCACUUAUGUUCUGCAUACCUCAUCCUAAGACUUUAAUAAUUUAAUGCUCAAUUAAAUAUUAUUUAGCAGACAUCAAAAGCAAAAGUAAAAAAUAAGACAAUAGAAUAAAUAAAUAUUUCUAUAAGUUACUUAAAUUCUUUAUAAACUGAGUAAUAUAUUAACACAGCCAAGUUUUAUGAAUCAUAAAUUUUAUAAUAAAAAAUAUUCUUAUUCCUUUUUCAAAUAUUAUAAAUACGUUUGAAAAUAAAAUUGAAAAUCAUAUUAAGAACUAAAAUAUUGCUUCUUUUAUUUGUUACACGAAAGUAGUUUUUAGUAUUUGUAAGUAAUUUAAUAAUUGUAUAUAUAAUAUAAAGGCCGGUGGUGCAGAUUACCAAUAGAUAUUAAGCGACUGUAGACGACUACCUACGUGUUCAAUGUUUUAUUUGUAUAUAAAAUAUUAAGGGACUAAGUUUUAUAUAGUUUUGUAAAUAUAAUUGUGAUAAAGUUUAUAACAUUUAUGUCAUUAAUUGCAUAUCCAUUGAAAUCAUCAUCAUUAUUAUCAUCACCAUUAACGUUAUAAUUAUCAAUGUUUCAAUCAUAGUUCUUAUAUUACCUGUCUUUAUCAAUUAUACAGAUGUUCAUAUUUUUUUCCUACUGACUCUCAUCAUCAUGAUAAUAUUCUAUCAUCAUAAUUGCUAUUAUCAUUAUUUAACAUUAAUUUUAAUCAUUAACUCUGAAUAUCAA